UGUUAUAUAUAAGAGUGUAUAUAUGUCAUAGUAAAGUUACCAGUAGAUCAAAACCCUCGAAUUCGAAUGGAUUCUGAUUAUAUGCCAACACUUUCCGAAGCCCAUCCUGAGACGAUGGAUCUUCUUUCACGAGCAUGGUGUGAUUUUGCAGUUAAAGAAGCUUAUCAACCGGAGUUUCAAAACCAAGCGCUUGUUCUCCAUGAAUACUCAAUCAACAGUUUUGAUGAUGGAUCCGGAUCUCCUAAUCUACUGAAACUGGAGAGCAUAAAGAUGGAUGAUGCAACAAAGCCUUUACCCCCAUGGAAGACCAAUGAUGUCAAGUCGUGGAUAUGGAUGCAACAGGCAAUGCACCCAGAAUUGAAUUACAGCAGCUGUUUCCGGAAAAAAUGGCAACCAUGGCAUAUGAUUCCAUUCAGAUCAUCACAUCUGUCGAUUAAGAAAUGGUUGAAAGAAAUUAAACGAAAGAGUAAAGAAAACGAGAGGCUACAAAGAGCAGAAGUCCAUGCCGCAAUAUCACUUGCUGGUGUUGCUGCUGCUUUGGCAGCCAUAGCUGCAGAGAACUCAAACCACGGUGGGUCGAAUUCCAGCACGGCCACAAAGGAGGCAGCAGUAGCAUCUGCUACAGCUCUGGUUGCGGCUCAGUGCGCAAAAGCUGCAGAGCUAAUCGGUGCAAAGAAAGAGCAGAUUAGCACUGCAAUGAGCUCCGCCAUGAGCGCAACAAGUGCAUGCGACAUUCUAACUCUCACUGCUGCAGCAUCGACAUCAUUACGUGGAGCUACAACACUCAAAACAAGAUCAGCAUACAAGAACAGGCUAAACACCAAUGUUCCUGUACUGCCUAUUGAAGAAAAUACUGAUCUAGAGUUCGACUUUGAGAAGUGUCAAUUAAUUCUAAGAAGAGGCACUGAACUCAGCAUCAAGACAUCAGACGGAAGAUGCGUGAUGAGAUCAGUAUCUGUUGUCUUGAAUCAUGAAGCCAAGGUGAUUAUGAGAACAAGGAAGCUUCAUUUAUUGAAUGCAUUUGCUAGCAAAAAGGAAAGUGUUGUGUUAGACCAGCAUGUGGAGCUCUACAAGAACUCUGAAGACGAUGGAGACACUUGUUUCCUCAUCGUCUUAACGACUACUCGAGGGAUAAUUAAAAUGGAUAUGAUGAACGAUGAUCAAUGUUACAAGAUAUGGGCAUGGACUCUUAAUCACAUGCUCUCACUUUCAACUUCGUUCACAAAAUAUUCACUUCCAUAUCAUAGGAACUAAGAACGACAACAUUCUCUUGGUUUAUCGAUCUAUCUUGCAUUGUCAUCUUUAUUGUGUAAUUAUGAACAUAUU